AUGGGUAUUGAACAUCACCGGCGUCCACGCAACACCCGUCCCUCAUCGGAUCAGCGCGCUAACCGUUUCGCUACAACUCAGCACAGAGCAAAUCGGUCCAUGGUGACGGCGCACCCACCACAGCAGUACGGCUCUAACAACCGAUGCUUCAAUUGCGGUGGUCGUGGUCACCUCUCGCGGCAAUGUCCGUCACCUCGCAAUAGGGCUCCGUCUCGUAACCCCCGUCCCCGUCCUGGGAGGCAAUCAGGAACCAACGUGAUGACUCUUACCAGUUCAGCACCCUCCGCCCCCACCGAAUCAGGCGCUAGUUCCGGUCCGCAAGGUGAUCGUCCAGCUGCACAAGCGGAACUCUCCACUUCCCGCGCUCAAAUUGCGGCGUUGGUGCAGCGCAACCAGGAAUUGUCCCACUCUCUGUACCACCACUUACUCGUUGCCUCGGGUGCGCGCCGUAACGACAUUCGCUUGGUGAACAUCAACUAUGGACUACGAUCUCAACCCGAUCAUAAUAGCCAACAGGCAGGUACAGGGGCGAGUCCCCGUUCAAAUUCUACUGGCCAUAUCUUGGCUGAUCAUUCAGAUCAUUCACACACGGUUCAGUCUGACCAUGACUCUACUGACAAUGUGGUUCAAACUCCCACGCAGAGUAAUAAUAGUGACUCUGCGGAGGAAGCAUCUCCUUCGGACACCCGAUCAACCUUCAGGUGUUUCAGAUCCCGACGCGUCCGAUCGAGGAUCUUCCCUCCUGGAGGACUCGCCUGA